AAAGUGUAUAUAAGGUUGGUUGGUUUCCUAUCAACACCGCAGCGUUACCCACGGACACAGAGGCUCGAUCAUCGUCAUUGUAAAUAUCAUCAUCAUGCAAAUAGAGUCCAGGUUGACAUCUACUAUACCAUCUUCUGAACACCGAGGACUCCGAACCUGUGCAGCAGAGUGCAAUACUUACAUGGAAACCAAGACUCACGGGAGACCCCCUGUUCCGGUAGAUCCUCCACCCCCCAAGAAUCACUUAAAAGCACGUGAUAAACCAUUGUGCCCGACCUCCAGUAUGUCUGACGACACCCAUCGAACCAACCAUUACAAAGUUACGGAUAGACCAGGACUCAACCCCCCUGCACACCCCGAGUUUUCUCUGUUUGCCGACCGACUCAAGUCCUUCACUCCCUGGCCCUCAGACUUUCACAAGAAACCUAACGAUUUGGCCUUAGCCGGAUUCUUCUACCGAGGGACGGGUGACAUUGUGACUUGCUUCUCCUGUGGCGGGAGUCUAAAGGAGUGGGAACCAGAGGACAUCCCUAUGAUAGAACACGCUCACUGGUUCCCGAGCUGCAGCUACCUUCUACAAGCGAAGGGAGAGAACUUCAUAAGACAGGCACAACUUAAAAGUCAAGAAACAUCAGACGGAACAAAACAGAAUGAAAAGUACAACGUUGCGGAUGCUGUUGCUUGUGGAGAGGCUCCCUUGAAAAACGUUACGACUGCUGAUACUAUUGAUCUAAUCCUGAACACUCCGGCAGCCCAAAGUGUAAUGAUGAUGGGAUAUAGUAGGGAUAUGAUCAUACGGGCGAUAGAGAGGUGCCUUAGAUCAGGGAAAAAGGAACUACCUGCCACAGAAAUAAUGAAGACGAUAUUAGACAUGGAGGAAGAAGAAGAAGAAUUAGAAAACACUAGCGAUACAGAAAAUAUACCAACCGAGACAACGAGAGAAGACGUAUUGAAAACUGAACGUGAAAAUGAAUCAUUGGCACUUGAAAAAGAAAACGACUGUAUCAAGCAGUCUACAACAGGCACCACAUAUUCCCAAUGUACAGAGGAACCAUCAGGGCCCAAUACCAUGUUCACAUCAUCAUCGCCAGUGACCAAUUAUGCUUCAUCACGUCCAAUUGUGGACACUUUUGAAUCCUUAUCAUUGCAAAAGGAGUCAACAUCACAGCCACUCAUCUCUUCAGAGCUCCAUAAAUUGAACGACUUAGAAGAGGAAAACAGGAAGCUAAAAGAAAGCCACUUGUGUAAGGUAUGCCUGGACAAAAACUCCAAUACAGUCUUUCUCCCUUGUGGGCAUCUGACUACGUGUGCAGAGUGUGCAUCGUCGCUGAUCAAGUGCCCGCUAUGCCGGAAACAUAUACACGGAACCGUUAGAGUAUACCUAGCAUAGUCUUGUUACUGUGUGUCGAACAAGGUUAAUUUCUAGCGCAGUCUCGUUCAAUCAGACGCUUGUCUCUUGUCUUGCGUAGCAUUCGCAUUCAGCACGUGUUUGUUUGAACAAGCCUAGUUUCUAACGAGUUUCACGGUCAUAAGGGCAAUGCAUCAACCGGUGUUAACUCCGCCUUAGCUGGUACCAAGCCCAAGUUGAGAAAGGAGGAGGGCGCUGGCAUAACAAAGAUUGUUCGUGAUAUUUACCAUUUCCAUGCAAGGACUCAGUUUAAUGUUUGAGUUUGGUAUGAACUAAAACAUGUAUAUUUGCUGAUCUGUGAUAUUUGAAUGAAUUUUCAAACAAACUAAAUAUAUUUCAUUUUUUGAUGAUAGAGUAUUAUUUUUCAUGAUGCAAUAUGUACCAGUGAUUGUCCUCAUACAUAGUAUAUUGUUAAUCUUGCAAUAAUUAGCUAGUGCUCUAUGAAAGAGAUGAUUUAUGUGGAUUAACGGUGCAUCGUUAAAUUGUGUAUCACUUAAGCUUGUGAGAAUAUAUACAUAUACAAAUGUAUAUGGACAUACUGUUUGGCCAGUUAUUAACAAACUGAACAGUCUAUAGUCACAACCAAUUAUUUCAUUAGCACAAGGACUUGUUUGUAUGGACGUCUGCAACUUGAAAUCCCUACCAAAUGUCGACCUCACAUGUUACUUAUUUUAAAGGUGAAGGCAGCUAUCAAACCAGGGUUAAUUAUGUGCUGUUUGUACUGAUAUAUAUAUAUAUUAGCUUGAUCUAAUGAAAAUACGAAAUAAAAUAUCAGAAUACUCAAGAAA